CUCCAAGCAAACAAUGGCUACACAGAAAGCUGCCCAGUGGGCAGCAUCCCUAUCGUAUUCUUCGUUACCUCCGGACGCCCUCCAAGCGGCCAUCCGGAGCUUCUACAACUGGGUCGGCUGCACUGUCGGGGGCAGCAAUCACCCCGCUGCUUCCAUUGCCCGGAACUCUUUGUCCCGCUUCUUCGGGUCUCCCACCUCAACAUUGUUAGGUACUAAUGGGCUCCAAGCUGAUGCGCAGCAUGCUGCGUUGAUCAAUGGAAUUGCAUCGCAUGUCCACGACUAUGAUGACACGCACUUGGAGACUAUCAUUCACCCUACCGGGCCUGUUGCGGCAGCUCUUCUAAGCUUUGCGCAGUCACUAGAUCGGCCAGUAUCUGGGCAAGAAUUCCUCACGGCUCUCGCCGCAGGGAUAGAAUUAGAAUGCAAGGCCGGUCUGGCUGUCUGGCCGAGCCACUAUGAUGUCGGCUGGCACAUCACUAGUACUACUGGUUCUAUCGGGGCAGCAGUGGCGGUGUCUCGUCUUCUCGAAUUGAGCCCAGAGAAGACGGCUCAUGCUAUCGGUAUCGCUGCUACCCAGGUGACUGGUCUUCGUGAGAUGUUUGGCUCGCACACCAAGUCCUUUCACCCUGGGCGCGCAGCCCAAAAUGGUCUUUUAGCGGCUAUACUUGCUGCAGAUGGAUACACCAGUUCUUUGCAGGCUCUGGAGGCCAAGCGGGGCUGGGUGAAGGUCGUGAGUAACGACGACAAGCUAACGCAGGAAAUUGACAGCCUGGAAUCCAAUGGAACGUGGGAACUUGCGAAGAACGCCUUUAAGCCGUUCCCGUGUGGUAUUGUCAUACACCCGGUCAUUGAUGGCUGUGUUUGGCUACAUGGUGAGCUGCAACGGCGGGGCCUCAGACUACAAGACAUCAAGAGUGUUCAUGUCACAGUUCACCCACUGGUCUUGGAGCUAACGGGGAAAACAAAACCUAAAGAUGGGCUGGAAGCCAAGUUCAGCGUUUAUCACGGCGGUGCGAUUGGCUUGAUUCACGGAAAGGCAACACCAGCAGAGUAUGAAGAUGCCGUUGUCACAAAUUCGGAAACGAUCGAGGUACGAGACAAGUUUGUGGCAACGGCGGCAGAGAAUAUCCGAGCGGAUGAAUGCCGGAUUCUCGUUGAAUUUGAAGCCCCGGGGGUCCAGAUAGAGAAGCAUGUACACCAUGCAGUUGGCAGUAUCGACGCCCCCAUGACCGACAGCCAGCUCACGGAGAAGUUCAUUGGCCAGUGUAGUUCAGUUCUUGGCCCAAAACAGGCCAUGAUAAUCAGCGAUUGGUGCUGGAACUUGGAAACCAAGGAUGACAUCCGGCAGAUUGGACAGUUCCUAUAGGCUAUCAAAGCCGCAUCUGGGGAUAGCGGAGAAUCAUCCUCCGCGGAGAAAAUGCGGGGAAAGACGGUUCCCGUCUUGUAGGAGAUAACAAUGUGUGAUCAUAUAGCCAUUUUCCGUUAACUUUGUACAAAUGUGCGGGGAACGAUGUCAAGAGCCUCGGAAUGGUUUUGCUCAUAAAGGCGAUGGAAACCUGGAACGGAGAGCACGAUUGAGGAGACAGCGAUCUGUAUCUACUAUCUAGACAGCCAACAAUCUAGCAACCAUGAGCAACCGAACAGGGGAUGCGGU